UGGGUCCUUUCCCCGUCUCCAUCACCCCGCGGCUUGCCGUGAAACGGCCGCGGCCGAGCGGAGUGAAGGGGUGAGGUCUUUACUACAGUGCUGACUCACCCAAAAUGUCCAUAGAAGAAUAAUGGAAGCCCCUGAAUACCUCGAUUUGGAUGAAAUAGAUUUUAGUGAUGAUAUAUCGUAUUCUGUAACUUCUCUCAAGACCAUCCCAGAAUUAUGUAGAAGGUGUGAUUCCCAAAACGAAGACAGAUCAGUUUCCAGCAGCAGCUGGAACUGUGGAGUCUCAACUCUUAUCGGAAAUGCACAGAAACCAACAGGAAUUGCAGAUGCAUGCAAUAAAUUCAGACCAGUGAAGAGGGUUUCCCCAUUAAAACACCAGCCAGAAAGCUCUGAGAACAAUGAAAGUGAUGACCAGAAGAACCAGAAAGGGGAAUACCAAAAAGGCAGUGAUUCUCAACCUGCACCUUCAAAUGAUGACCAGAGCCCAGGUGGAGAGAGUCUUAAAAGCAAAGCCAUCGAGCCUCCUGUUCUUCUCGGGGAGCUGGAGCACUAUGACCUGGAUAUGGAUGAAAUUUUGGAUGUGCCUUACAUUAAAUCAAGCCAGCAGCUUGAUCCUUUUACAAAGGUAGCUCCUGAGAAAAAACUUCUGGGUGUGUGUUCAACAGUGAAUGGUAUUAGUGGCAAGACUUGCUCUGCAGGGAAUACAGAGAGCUUGCCUGCUGGCGGGACUCAGUUCUGUGUGCUGUCCCCUGUGAAAGGCUCUCAGCUGAGAAAAACGCAGCCCAUUGUCCUUGAUCAGCACAAGCAUUUAACAGAAGAAUUGGAGCUUUCCCAGCCUUUAGUUAAGUGUAGCUCAGCCCAUGAAUCUGAAGCCCAAGGCAAGGGCUUCCUCAGCAGGACAUUGGUCGAUCCUCACGCUCACAAAACAGAGAAGACGAUGCCGAAUUGCCACCUGAGGACUUUCCACCCGCAGACAGCAGUGGCAGAAAGCAAGCAGCUGGAGGAACUGAGCAUGAACUGGAGCACUGCAGGGGGCCCUGAAGAGAGGAGCGACGAGGUGAAAAAAGUGAAGAGCAUCUUAAACAUUGUAAAGGAAGGCCAAAUAUCUUUAUUGCCACAUUUAGCAGCAGAUAAUCUGGACAAGAUCCAUGAUGAAUGUGACAACAAUCUGUUGCAUGUAGCAGCAUCAAAGGGACAUGCAGAAUGCCUGCAGCAUCUCACUUCUUUGAUGGGUGAAGACUGUUUGAAUGAACGAAACAUUGAGCAGCUAACUCCAGCUGGAUUAGCAAUAAAGAAUGGUCAGCUGGAGUGUGUACGGUGGAUGGUGAGUGAAACAGAAGCUAUUGCAGAAUUAAGUUGCUCAAAAGACCACCCGAGCCUUAUUCAUUAUGCAGGAUGCUAUGGUCAGGAGAAAAUUCUUCUGUGGCUUCUUCAGUUCAUGCAAGAACAAGGGAUUUCACUGGAUGAAGUUGACCAGGAUGGAAAUACUGCUGUUCACAUAGCUGCUCAACAUGGAUUUCUAGGAUGCAUACAGACUUUGGUUGAAUAUGGAGCAAAUGUCACCAUGCAAAACCACGUGGGAGAGAAACCUUCACAAAGUGCUGAGCGACAUGGACACAGCAUGUGUUCACGCUACUUAGUAGUUGUGGAGACAUGUAUGUCAUUGGCCUCUCAGGUUGUCAAGCUAACUAAGCAGCUGAAGGAACAGACAAUGGAACGUGUGACAUUACAGAACCAACUCCAGCAGCUUUUAGAAGUUCAGCGGUCAGAGGGCAAGUCACUGCCAACAUCCCCAAGCUCACCAUCAUCUCCUUCUUCUGGCAAAUCCCAGUGGAAACCAUCUGAAGCAGAUGAAUUGUCUCCACCAAAAAGUAAAUUGAAUACCCAAGAUGGGAUUCAGAUUCUUGGCAACUUGGGAACUUCUAGUCGCACUCGAGCCAAGAUAAAAGAUGAGGACUCAGAUAAAAUCUUGCGCCAGUUAUUGGGGAAGGAAAUCUCUGAAAAUGUCUGUAUGCAGGAAAAGCUGACUUUGGAAUUUCAGGAUGCUCAUGCAUCCUCCAAGAACGUGAAGAAGAUUUUGCCAGAGAAAAGAGAGCUGAAAUUAGCCAGAUUGAGGCAACUGAUGCAAAGGUCACUCAGUGAGUCUGACACAGACUCAGCUAUUUGUGAAGACCACAAGAAUACCUCUGUGAAAAGAACUGAAAAACCAAGGCCUCAGCCCAUAGUGGAGAGCGUUGAGAGCACAGAGAGUUUGCACCUGAUGAUUAAAAAACACACUUCUGCAGCAGGACGCCGCUUCCCUUUUGGUAUGAGGGUCUCCAAGUCUGUGGAUGGCAACAGUCCUUCCCCUACUUCAGAGAGCAGUGAUCCAGAUAAUGAAGCUCCAUAUCAGUCUGCUACUGUGCCUCAGAGCCAGCUUUGUGGAGACAGCUCUGUGUCCAACAUGGACAGUGCCACUGCUCAAAAGGUUGCCACCAGCCCUAAGAGUGCUCUCAAGUCUCCAUCUUCAAAGCGCAGAACCUCCCAAAAUUUGAAACUCCGAGUAACUUUCGAGGAGCCUGUGGUGCAGGUGGAGCUGGCAGAGUCAGAACUAAAUGAGGAAAAAGAUAAAGACCGGGGCAAAGGAUUCAUGCGGGCUCCACCAGGCUCUGGAGAGCCAGCAGGGGACCAGCUGAAAAGGCCUUUUGGAACCUUUCGGUCCAUAAUGGAGACACUGAGUGGCAACCAAAAUAACAACAACAACUGUCAAACAGCAAACCUGAUCAAAACCUCAUCAUCGACACUGCCUUUUACCUCAUUAGGCAGGAAGACAGCAGACAGCAAGGGAAAUCAAGCAGCUCUCACAAAAGGAAGAAGCAAACCAGGUCCUUACUUCAGCUAUACCAGUCUCUCUUCUAGCACGCUGAAUGAAGAACUUCUGUGUAACUAUGCUUGGCAUGAUGACAUCAGUAGAAAGAGCUGGAAAUCUGACAGUCAGAAGAGUACUGAAGAACCAGAGCUGCAGGAAUUCUUCCUCUAAACUAAAUCUCAUGAUGUUUCACUUUGUUAGAAAUACCUGAAAUAUACCCCUUUGAAGCACUAAAAGGAGACAUACCUGUCACCAGCAAAAGAGCAGCUGUUAGGAUGCCUUAAUUUGUAGCAGUUAGACCAUAUAAGAAACUUUUUUAUGAUAUAUGUGUAUAUGUAACUUGUUUGUAAGCUGUGCUGUGGAAAGGCAUGAGUGGGCAAAAGUAGCAAUUUGAAAAUUAUUGUGACACAGGCAACCUCCAAAAUAUUUGUUGGGCCACAGAACACAUUUUGUACUUGUGUCUUGCAUGGGUAUAUUGUCAUAUAUCUUUAUUUCCCUUUGUCAAUGGCAUAUACUGCCAAAAUUUCAGCCAGGACU